AUGGCGUUCCCUACUUCACAAUCCAACAUGUCCAACCUCAAUACCAACUUCGACCCUGACUACGACUCCUUCCUCAAUCUGGAGAAUGACUUCACGCCUUCCUCGACAUCUCCAGGCAUCAAGUCCGCGUCCAUGCUGACACCCCAAUCCUCAAUCCCAGGUUCUGCCACCACUUUCGGAUCAAGCUCAACCUCCCAAACCUUUCCUGGACCGAGCUUUCAAUAUGAUGCAUACCACCAGCAGACUGGUAUCCCCAUUGGAGCUCUAGCCAGCACCUUCAACAUCAACAAGGCCACUGGCCUACAAUACCAUGAGGGAAAUGGAGGCUUCAUAAUGCCAACUGAGACUUUGAAUGUACCUCUGAGUAACCUGGACGAGUUUGACUUUAAUCGAAAUCAUUCAGACAUGGACUUUGACGCGGACUCGCCAAACGACUUUAUGUUUUCUCAAGACCGGUCAUCAGGUCCUUCUCAAUUUGUCAGUCCAAACACGUUGGUGGCACAGAAUAACACAACGUCUACGCCCAUUCAACGUAUCUAUCCCGGAAUGCACAGCCAACAAGCUGCGCAAGCCAAGGCCCAACAGGCCCAGAAACAGGAACAGAUGGCCCGUCAACAACAGCCAUUGCCCAAAGGGCAAAUGCCGCUCCCCGGUCCCGCCGCUUCCAAGUCUCAGCCAGUCAAGGAUCCUCUUGUGGAAGAAAGCAUUUCCAAGGUCUUGAAUCGCAUGAGACAAGCCAGCGUUGCAUCAACUACUGAUGAGCAAGUGACUCCAGUCACUGGAAUGGCCAACAUACCUCGUAUCAAGAAGGAUGAGGAUGAGAUGGACGAGGAUGAACGACUGUUGGCCAGUGAAGAAGGCAAAAAAUUGUCCAGCAAAGAACGACGUCAACUCCGAAACAAGGUGUCAGCCCGUGCAUUCCGCUCUCGGAGAAAAGAGUAUAUCGGUCAACUUGAGGGUGAAGUUGCCGCUAAAUCUCAGGAAGCCAAUGACCUCCGUGUCCAAAAUCAGCAACUCCGAGAAGAGAACAACCGUCUCACGGACCUUACUCGCAUGUUGCUCUCCUCUCAAGCCUUUUCUGGAUUUUUGCAAGAGCUCAGCCAGUCUGGUGCGUCUGCUCCAAACACGCAAAACAACUCCCAAACCCAGAAACCUGCCCCAAACCAACCUCAACCGACAAGAAAGGAUAUCGGUGCCCACGAAGCAGCCAACCAAAUGCAACUUCAACAGCCACAGGUGGGCAUGGCAUUGAUUCCUGAAGUUCCAGUUGAUCUUUCUACCUUGCAAUCAUCAAAUGGUUGGAUGACGGCUCUUCCCACCAAUGACUUCCAAGUUUAUGCGGUCACCGAACUCCCAGAACCUCCUAUCCUCGACCUUGAGAGUCUGUCUGGAAAAUCCAAAUCUAACUCGAGCGCUUCCUCGUCAUCUAAAGAUACUCCACGACUUCCAGAGGUUGCAAAUGAGUUCGCGAACACCCAAGACGAGCCGAAUGUGCCGCAAGUUGACGAAUCAGUCUCUUUAGACCGUGGCGCUUUUGCAUUGUACUUUGAUGCUCCUGCUCCUGUCUGUGAAGAAUCUUCAUCUCUGGUCGGCUCGAAAGGUGCCGCCAAAAAUGAAGAGCUCUCGAAUGAAGAGAGAAUGACUCGGUUGGAGAAAAUGUGCUCUGAGUUAGAUGAACUUUGCAAGAGGCUCGCUCAGUUUUCUCCACAGGAAUCGAGCCAUUUUGGAACCAUGCGAUAA